AUGUCAACAACAGAGGUGGCUUGCGAUACGAAGACUGUGUCCUUGCCUUUAUCAGUUGUAUCGAUAGCGAGGCUCAGCUCGGCGCGGCCGCCAUGCACACACACGCGACUGGUCCAAGUCCGCUUCGCCUUGACAAUUCUUGCAUUGGAGUUCAUUAAAGCAAGAUAUAAAUACCAGUCUCUCAAGGUCAUCAAAAAAAAAUAUGCAGACUUUGGUUAUAAUCUGUCAAGAACGUGUGAAUUCCUUGAGUCUGCUAAACGUUCAAGAUCAACUAAAAGAAGUGAGAAAAUUCUAGGAAUAUCAGAGACUGAGAAUCUACCUCUCCUUCAAGAGGUGUGUUUUAUAAACCACAAGAAAGAAAUUAAGGCUCACUUGGACGGUAUUGCUGAAUCAAAAAAACUUGCUUAUGAAAAGGCGGAAGCCAGGGGUGAGCUCGUAGAGUGUGGCUGUUGCUUCAGUUCCGUCAUUUUCGAGGACUGUGGAACUUGCAACGAGGGUGAUCUCUUCUGUAAAUCGUGCAUCCUUAAGAGUACAGAGGUGAGGAUCGGAGACGGCCACACAACGUUCCCCUGCCUUUCGGACUGUGGCUCUCAUUUCUCACUCAAUUUGCUUCAGAACCUGCUUGAGACACGUGCAUUCUCCAAGCUCCUCCAACGUAUCCAGCUGGAUGAGGUGAGGGCUGCGGAGAUUGAAGGUUUGGAGAUGUGUCCAUUCUGCGAGUUUGCCACCAUUCCCCCUCCCGAAACCAAUAUCUUCACCUGUCUUAACCCCGAGUGUCUCAGAGAAUCAUGCAGGAAGUGCCACAAAGACAGUCACAUUCCACUACGCUGUAAUGAGGUUGAGGAUGAUGAGCAGACUCGGGCUCGCAAAUAUAUCGAGGAUGAGAUGACAAAGGCUUUGGUCAGGGAGUGUUACAAGUGUAAGAAGAGCUUCAUCAAGUCCGACGGCUGCAACAAGAUGACCUGCUCAUGCGGUGCUAAGAUGUGCUACUUCUGUCGGAAGCCUUUGACUAAGGACUACAAACACUUGCCCGGACAGCAUAUCGAUUGUCCAGGGUACUCUACAGACAAGUCUCUACAUGUAGAUCCUGUGAAGGCUGCUGCAGAGAAGGCCUUGCAGGACGUUGCUGUCAAUAAUCCAGAAUUGAAAUUGCUUCAUGAUCCAUCAAAAAUUCUCCCUGACGCCAGUGAUAGUAUGAUCGAGGGUGUACAUUUUUAUCAGAAUUUGAAUCCUGCUGUGGUUUUGAAUCCUGAUAUGGUUUUGAAUCCUGGUGUGGUUAUGGCCGGUAUGCGCAGGAUGCACGAGGCAUCACUGGCACUGCCAGUGCAUGUUAAUCAAGUAGAACCCAUUCGUUCGAUGCGCCUACAAGAGGUGCAUAGACGUACAGUCAACUCACCUAGACAGUUUCAAGUGAGGCCGGUCCAAUGGUUCAAUCACAUUGUUCAGCUCAAUCCCAGUGAUCGGGACAGGGCUGAAUUUGUACAUCUCUUUGCAAAUCCACAACCUAGAGUUCCUGAAGACAUUCCUGAACCAAAUGUUGGCAAUCCGCCAAACCAAUAGCUGUGGUCCAGAUAUCGAAGAUUCCUGGAACCAUCACGGAUUCUUAUUAUUUCCUAUUUUCAUUCCAAUUAAUUAUUGAUACUUUUUAUUAAAAUGUAUGUUUUUUAUGUCAGCUAAUCUUAUAGUGUUUACUGAAUUUUGCCGUAGCGUGGAUAUAAUCUUUGUACUUCUAUGACAACUGUUUUACGUUGUAACCAAUGAUAUAUUGUGUCACAGACAUCUCAUGUAUUUUGUUAUGAUUUGUGUUGCUCACAUAAACUGUCAUUGUCAAACAUAUAUGUGGCAACAGCUCCAUUUAUUUUUAUUUGUAAUGUGUAAUUCGAUUUGAUAAAGACCCAAAAAAAAACAGGUAAAUAACAGUGUGCCUUUUUACCAGAUGGAGUGCUGUUGUUUUGUAAUAUUGGAUUAUAUAUUCUUAUAAUGAUCUCUCUUAUCCCACCUUUACCAUUACAUUGAAAACACCAUCUACUUGGUCAUUUCAAUAAAAAGUUGUUCAUGUUAUAUUAGACCUACCAGUAUUUCUAUAUAUCAUGUAACUUAUAAAGAAUGUUAAUUUGUUUAUUUUCAGAUCUGUUACACAUAUCCAGUUUUGUUGUAUUUAAACCUAUGUUUAGAUGCAUUUCAUUUAAAUAUUGUUUUACUUGAAUGAUAUAAUUCAUUAAAUUUAGUUUUUACUUAUUGUGAUCAAGAGUGUAGGUAAAGUUAAACAAUUUUUAUUGUUAUCUGUAUUGUAAGUUAGUUAGUAAUGUGCAAUUCUAGGUGCUUAAUUCCAUUGUUUUGGUACAGUAAAAAAUGUAAUGGCCUGAGAACUUGUCAUGCGAAGAAAAAAAAAUAUUUUAAGUGAAAAAAGACAAUUUUUGUGAUGUAUCAUGUUAUUAAUACAAAAUUGGAAGUAAACACCAUUAUCGUUUUAGAGAAAUUAGACUUAGAUGUGUCACUAAUUUCUGAUAUGUGUCUAUAUUGUUUUUAUCUAUGUUAUUUUCUACCCUAUGAAUUUACUUACAGUCCAGCAAUUUAUCAAUAAAAUACUUUACCCUAUUCAUUUAUUAUCCAUCAGCUUAGUCGUUACAAUAAAAAAUAGUUCAUGUUAUACUUGACCAACCAGUAUUUCCAUAUUUCAUGUAAUUAUAAAGAUCAUGUUAAUUUUUUUAUUUUCAGAUCUGUUGGGUGUAUCCAGU